CGGGCAAAUUCACUGCGCCCGCGUACUUCUGCUUAUCGGCUCUAGGAAAAGCAGUGACCGCAAUGUUCUCGCAGCGCGAUAUCUUGCCGAGAGGGACAGUCGGUUCGAGAGCAGCUACGUCGAGUCAGGUCGCGGAAUGAGAGAAUAAAAACUACCAAGUAUCACAGUGAGCACGCUUAAAUAAACCGGGAAUGAUCGUCAUCCGGUUAUCUUGGUUGGUGGGAGAAAAUCAUGUAUCCGGCAUUCGAAUGACUACCGUAAGGCAAAAGAGCAUGUCGCACUUGGUAGCAUGCCAAAUUUGUUCCUGGCGCAGCGAGUAGCUCCCGGUUUGAAAUCGAUCGCAGUAACCGCCUCUAACCUCCAAGUUUAAUUCGUGUUCCCGGUACGUCAUUCCACUAUUUGACGAGUAGUUACAGUUUUUCGAAAAAGCUUCAAUAUUUUUUUCUUUAUAUUUCAGUGACUUGUGUCCAAGAAAAACAGUUAUUAUUGUGUGUUACGUGUUUGUGGUGGCAAACUUCGUUUGUAAUAGCAGUCUGUUGGGAUUUUUCAGACGUAAAAUUUGACAGGCCUCCAGAGUGCUCAUUGAUGAAAGAACAAACCUUGGUAUGAUCACUAAGAUAAAGGUUCUCACACGUAUGCGACCCGCUGAAGGUUAGAGGAACGUGAAUAUGAACCAAGGUUCGUUUCUCUGUCUAUUCGAGAGAUCUUGAUAGUGAAUUGACUCGCCGCAUUGUGGCAGAGUUACUUCAGUCUUCGUAGAGGCCGAGUGAUCUCAUAAGAGACUGCGAUCAUGGAAAAGGAACCGAUCUUCGAAAAUGUGCAUUACUUGCCUAUCGUGCUAUUCGUGGCACUGCCUACAACGUUUAUUGUAACGUAUGUCAUAGCCGUACUUCUUGGGCACGUGGAGGCCGGUUUCCCGUACAUUUCCGAUGCUGCAACAUAUGCGCCGGAAAGUUGCAUAUUCGCUCAAUUUAUUAAUAUGACAGCAGCUCUCAUGUGCUUCGUGAUUUACAUCAGAUACUCGCAAAUCAAGGAGUGUAACAGUGUUUACAAAUUAAACGAAUCAUUACCAAAAUGGAAUCGGAUGGCCUUGAUAAUGGGUAUGAUAUCAACCAUUGGACUAUCCAUAGUAGCAAAUUUUCAAGAAACCUCCGUUGUGGUGGUACACCUGAUCGGAGCAUUUAUGUGUUUCGGAGGUGGUACAGCUUACUUCUGGACACAGGCUAUGUGCUCUUAUUACUUGCAUCCACUUGGAUGCUCCAUAAGAAUUGCUCACUUGCGCUUAGCACUCUCCAUAUUUUGCACGGUGUGCUUCUUUAUCAUUCUUAUCACAGGAAUGUUGGCUCACAUGGCCUAUAAUGGUACAAAUCCUAGAAAGUGGUACAAAGAGGACGGCGGCUGGGAACUGCACGUAGUGAGUACUGUGACCGAGUGGAUAUGUGCUGUGGCUUUUUGCGUCUACAUACUCACGUUCACCGAUGAGUUCAGAGAGAUUGAAUUGAAGCAUCCAAAGGUCAUUUACAAAUCUGGACGUUUAACGUCCAGCAACGAGAUCCUGAACGAAAGUCAGCAUUCCGUCAUCCAGAUUCAAACGCCACCUACGAUUACUUGAUCGGCCAUCAACAGAGGCGGCGGCUACGUCAACCUC